AUGGCUGAACGCCGCCCAUCUCAGCGGUCCCUAUUCGCGGUUCCUGCGGGUGCUGAUGCGUGGACGAUGCGUGGGAAUGACUGUACUCGCAUGUGCGCGUGCAGCGAAUCACCAUGGCCAGCGCGCUUGCGGAGUGAAUCGAGGGCGGCCACCCCGGCUCGAGUCGACACCCCACGCAUUUCCGACCCGUUCGCGAUGCCAUCUCGAGCGUAUUCGUGUACGCGUCGGGUGGUGUCUGCCUGGUGGUCUGGUGGCCCCUCUGCUGCCACCCUUUCACCAGCCGCCAGCGGCGACCCUCAUGGCCGGCCAGUCUCCCACCAGACAUGUCCGCUCGACGCUGGUUCAGGGACGAUGCAGCCGAUCCCCAUGCGGCAUGCGCUCUCAGGGCCCGGUGCUGCGACGGCCAUCAGCGCGCAGGCGGCGGGCGACUGUGCGGCUCCCACAUCCCUGCCCGUACACUGCCACGGCCCCAUCCCUGCCGCUGCCACGCUCUCGCACCCAGGAAUAGUCGUGAGCAUCAGUGCACCCAAGUCCACCACCACGGCCAUUUUCUCUUCCCACUAA